GUUCCAUACCUUGCCUUGCCUUGCCUUGUCUUCCCAUCCAUCCAUUCAUCCACCAUCCGCCCAGCCGUCCAACCCAGAACUUGCAAGUCAGACCGUCUCUCCAACCCGAUCGCUCCCGCCUCAAUUGUUUGCGCCAUCGACGCCGUCGUCAACGCGAGCCUCGAUCACUCCAUCUGUGCCACUGUCGACGACAAAAUCUGCAGCACCGAUCUGUGUCCGCUUCCCUCGCCAGAUUCCCGCUGUCUGUACGAGCCCACUCGACGCUGCCAUUCGCUGCCUUCCGUCCGAGAAACAGAACCUACGUACGCUUACCCGGCGCCAUUGGACACGCCGCCGGCCCCGCGAGGCAGUCACCGCUGGGGUUUUGCCCGUUGCUAGUUCGCCAGGCAGACCUUGGCUGAACCGGUCUCGAGCCCGAACAUCGACCCCUCCCGUUGCCCGCGCGCGGCGGCGACAACAGCCCUCGAGACAUCAUGUCGGGGACAGAACUGGCCGCCGCCCCAGGCGGGGGCAACAAUGCGAGCGAAUUUGUUCGCAAAUUGUUUCGGAUGCUCGAGGAUCCGUCGCAUCAAGAUGUCGCGAGGUGGGGAAAAGACGGCGACAGUUUCGUCGUGGUAGAGGGCGAAAAGUUCACAAGAUCGAUCUUGCCAAAGCACUUCAAGCACAGUAACAUGUCGAGUUUCAUUCGACAACUGAACAAAUACGACUUUCAUAAAGUCAAGCCAUCGACUGAUAGCGAAUCCUCGAAUCCCAAUGGCAAUAUCCUUGAGUUCAAACAUCCCUAUUUUAGGGCUGAUAGUAAGGAUGGCCUCGACAACAUACGUCGCAAGGCGCCCGCGCCCAGAAAACAGCCCGCUGCCGAGGAUUUUACCACCAGCCAGCACGUGAGCGUUAUUUCGGAGCAACUCACAGCCACGCAGCAACAAGUCCAGCAACUUCAGGAGUUAUACGCCGACGUGUCGCAGACUAACAGAUUGCUCGUCAACGAGGUGCUGACCCUACAAAAGAUGCUCAACGCUCAGAAACAGGCACAGUAUGAGCUCCUGAACUACCUCUCACCGUACAACGACAGCCGCAACCGGACACUUGUCAACCAACAGAUCGGCUCGAACGGUACGGCGGACGUGGACGACUCGGUUCCGGAGCUUCGCCGCGCCCGCGAGCUGCUCUCUAGUGUGACGACGGAUUCUGUUGCCGACCGGGAGUUGGAGCGCCUUCAAGGCAUGUACGGGUCUCCCACGGACUCGGCCACCAUCAUCACGCCCGUGUCGAUGCCGAUGAUGCACGAUCCAAUGACCGACCUGAGCCGGUAUCCCGUUUAUCCGGUGGGCCAGACGGUUGGAAUUGACCCGUUCUCGUCCGAUCACAUCCACAAGAUCCCAUACGCCAUGCCGAACGAAGGCGCAUCCAUGGGCGUCUCCGAGCCGCCGACGACCUCGGCGCAAGCCACGGCACCGGCACCGGCAGCACCUGCGACUGCGCCCGCGCCUGCCGCUGACAAGUCCACGUCCCUGUGGGGGCCGAAGAAGCCAUUGGUGUUCCUGGUGGAGGAUGAUUCGACUUGCGCCAAGAUAGGAAUCAAGUUCCUCAAAUCGAUGGGAUGCGAGGUCGAGCACGCGCAAAACGGCGCGGAUGCUUUCAACAGAGUCAGCACAGUUGGGCGCGACCAUUUCGACAUGAUGUUCAUGGAUAUCAUCAUGCCUCGACUUGAUGGUGUUUCGGCGACAAUGUACAUUCGUCAACAUUGUCCGUCCACACCGAUCAUCGCCAUGACCUCCAACAUCAGACCCGACGAGGUCAACAGCUAUUUCGAGCACGGCAUGAAUGGUGUGCUGGCCAAACCUUUCACCAAGGAAGGCAUGCUCAAGUCGAUCAAGACUCACAUGGCCCAUCUGCUGAAGAACCCGCCGCCGCCACAGAACGAGACAGACGGAUCGGGGUAUAUGAUGGGUGGAGUCCCCUUUAUGGGUAACUCGAUGAAGUUCGAGACAUCGACGCCGCCCCCGCCCGGGGCUUCGGGCUCGGGCUGGUCCCCGGGUCACAUGGCACAAGGUGGCACAGACCAAUGGGGCGGCUUCAUGAACGGUGGAAAUCAGUACGGUAUGGGCCGUCAUGGCUACGGUACGGCCAUGGACUCGACGUCAGGGCGCAUGUCGGACCAUGACAGCCCGCCCGAAAAGCGACAGCGGCUGAAUCAAGGAAACUAUGGCUGAGUGAGAGCGGGCCAGGACGGGCAAAGGGCGUGCGAUAUCGGUCGACGGACGGAUCGAGCGAGCGACGAGCGGCAAGCCGCGGCCGGUGGCGGCUUGUUGGCGACGGUUUCUUCUCGGGAGGGACGCGCUCCUGCGAUGCAGGGCGGCCAUGGGCUGCGUGAGGGAAGCGCGCAGCUGGUUCCCGGAAAUCGGCUUCGGUACUAGCCAGCCAGGAUUUCCACAGAAGGAAGCGGCUUCUUCGAGGCGGAAGGUAUCAGGGCAGGUGGUAAUGCCCUGUUCCCAUUCGAGGGUCGAAUCGCACAACGGGCGAUGGGGGAGGUUUUUGGAUAAUAGUCGGGCGCCGUUACCAACGAGCGGAGCGAGAAAUUGGAGGCUGGCGCAUUGCGAUCAAGGCUAAAGGGUCAGGCGGUCAGACUGUACGGGCCUUUACGGAGGCACGCAAUCUUCAAAGCAGAAAAGCGCAGUAAGAAGAUGUGAC